UCACACUUAAAAAGACUAUUUAAGGAGGAUGUGUAAAAAAGAUUUACCUCAAAAUGUGCUGAGUAGGUUCAUGAAACACGCAUAACCAGGCUGCCAAAAUGAAGUCCUGGUUGAUAAUUCUUGGAGCUGCUAUCACGGUUCUUAACUACGCUGCCCAUUCCGCUGCCGAAAAGAAAGUGGUCUGUUACCAUGGGAGCUGGUCAGUAUAUCGUCCUGGAGAUGGAAAGUUCGAGAUAGAAUACAUUGACCCUAAUCUCUGCACUCAUGUUAUCUAUGCCUUUGUAGGCCUUCAAUAUAAUGACGACGUCCGAAUAAUGGAUAGUUGGAAUGAAAUUGACAAGGGUGGUUUUCAGCGUUUUAAUGAUCUGAGGAAAAGGAAUCCCUCACUCAAGACUUUGGUUGCAAUUGGUGGCUGGAAUGAAGGAUCCGCCUCUUACUCAUCGGUGGUGAAUGAUGCAUCUCGAAGGGCUGCGUUUGUAAACAAUAUUGUUAAGUUUGUUGGAGAAUAUGGAUUUGAUGGAUUUGACUUGGACUGGGAAUACCCUGCACAACGAGGAGGUGCAGCAACUGACAAGAAUGCCUUUAGUCUUCUGCUUAGGGAACUUCGUACAGAAUUUGAUAAGCAUGGAUACCUACUGUCAGCAGCUGUAGCAUCUGCUGCGGCCAGUGCAAGUCUUUCAUACGACAUUUCUGAACUAGGAAAGUACCUGGAUUUUAUUAAUGUCAUGACUUAUGACCUGCAUGGACCAUGGGAUCCUGUAACAGGGCACAAUGCUCCACUCUAUGCCGGUUCCAAUGAUGAUGGUCUGACUGUGGAUGCUGCCAUACAAUACUGGAUCAACCAAGGGGCUCCACGUGAGAAGAUCAUAUUGGGCAUUGGCACAUAUGGACGUACUUUUACCUUGACCAGUAGCUCUCAGUGUAUCAUGGGAGCCCCAGCAAAUGGAGCAGGGAAUUCUGGACCAUACACAAGGGAGGGAGGUACUCUUGGGUACAAUGAGAUCUGUGAAGAGCAGAGCACAUGGAUGGAGGUUUGGGAUGAUCAGCAGAAGGUGCCAUAUGCUUGCAAAGGAAACCAAUGGGUUGGGUAUGAUAAUGUCAAAUCUACUCUCUAUAAGGUAAGAAAUACUCAAAUAAACCAGUUCAUAUAUGAACUGAAGCUUCAGCGAAGACGUUUUCAAGAACUAAACUGUUACAGCAUACAGAUUAAUCUCUUCAAAACAUUUAUUUAGAACUGAGCACAUUUC